AAAAUGUAAUGCACGCUAUGCCCAAGGGUUGUUGACAGAUUUGUGUUGAGAUGCGAAAUUUAUUAUUAAUUCAAGAAACGACAUAAUAUGUAUAGCAGUAACCAGUUAAAUCGUAGAAAGUGGUAUUAAGCAUGCAAAAUUACUUUAAGUUAUCUUGCGUAGUGCUUCUGUGUUUUAUUCCGCAGUGACCGCGUUCAGUUUUGCGUGUGCGACUUCUUGCGAUAAAAGCAUAUCCCGCGUGCUUGAUGCUGUUACAGAGUUCGCACCUUAUACAAACGAAGGAAACCAACGUAAAUACAUGACGGCUGGUUGACAGAUGCCAACGAGCAGUUUCCCGCAACUUGUUCUAAUAAUAUGUACUCAAAAGCUGUGAAAGUUUCUUCCGAGACCAGAAUACAUUUUCGACAAACCUCUAUUUCUCUUACCGAAGCAGCAAACAAACAAAUUACCGGUGGCAAAUCAAACAGAGAUUCCACAGGUGAUUUGAGAUGCUUUAUAUGCGACGGAAAAAUUACGGGAACUUGCUUCCCACUUGUCGUUGGCGUAACGCCAUACAGUAAAACAGACAUACCAACAAAAAUAGGCCAGUUAAUGGGAGAAGGUUUUAUGGUAGUUGUGUCUGAAGACGAUAAUUUAUGUAAGAGAUGUACGUCACUGUUGUAUCAACUUGACAGAUUAGAAGUGGAUCUGAAUUUAGUAAAAGAAGCAUUAACGAAUUACCUAAAACUGAAGUAUCAGUUAAAUGAAGAGGAUCAUGAAAUAGCAACUAGCAGAGAUGACUCAAGUUUUCUACUUUACAAUGAGGAAGAGAAUGAAAAUGACAAAGCUAGUUGCAAGAAGUUGUGUGGCAAGGAAGGAGAGGUUGCAGUAGAUGAGGAAUUUAAGGAUGGAUGUGAGAAUAUUCCAGGAAUUUUAAGCAGCGCAACAAAGAGUCCCAAAAAUAUAAAUGCUGAAAUAAUACUGGAUGAAAGACUUGGUAAGAGGAGGAAGAAGAAAAGGAGAACUACAGAUGCAUUGGGUGUUUUAAAUGGACAGUCAUCCUCCACAAAUAAGGAAUACAAAUGCAGUUUAUGUGAACUGAAAACUCCUGAUAUCUCUGUGUAUAAAGCCCAUUCUUGCAAUAAGUAUGACGGCAUCAAAUGUGAAAAUGAUUUUAAGAGUUCUCAAGGAACCCAGAAACAAAUAAAAAAUAUUCAUUCAGCAGAGUGGCUGUGCCAUAUCUGUGACAUGAUUUUUGAAGAAGAAAACAUGCUUGCAUCGCAUAUACAAACUAGCUCUCAUAAUGAUAUGGUACACCAUAAGCUGCAGAGUGGACAGCCUGGUAACAAGAAAACAAGUAUUUUUAUUUCUGGAGAAUACACCUGCAGCAUUUGCAACUUCAAAACAGGAAGCAUAGUGACUUACAGAGACCAUCAGCAGUUUCAUUUUCAAAAUCGCUCAGAAUACGAGUCAUCAUGUAAAAGCUUUCUAAAGAGAGCACAUGGCCAAAAAUCGAAUUCAUACAAAACAGACGAUCAUUUUGUGGGCAGUACAGAGAAAGGAAGUGAUCAGAGAGUAAUCCAGGAAGAGCUCACCUGUAAUUUACAAAAUGGUAUCACAAAAGAUGGCUUUAAUAUUCUGAAGGCAGAAGACAAGGUGACUGUUGACACUAAUUAUAAAAUGACUGAAAAUAAGAAGUUAGCUACUGAGGACAGAAUUCCCAACACAGAACAUUACUUCUGCAGUUCUUGCUCUUUAGUGUUUCCCUCAGAUAGGUUACUACAGCACCAUAAAAAUGUACAUCAUACGCUACCAUCAUUAAAGAAAGACACAUUACUUACUACAGAAAUAACCAGUCAUAAUUUUUGUGAUUUAAAGCAGAAAGGUUGCUUGGACAGUAAUAAGUCUUCCAACCAGUAUAUGAACAAUGAAAAUUUUAUGAACUUGUUUAAAAAAGUAAGCACUCAAUUUAUGCAAGUUCCUAAUAGAAAUAACAAUAACUUAAAUGGCACAGAGUUAGCCAUUGAAAAUGUAUCAGGAAGAGCGACUUCCAAUUCCACUACAUGUACAAAAAAUGACUGUAAUUCUAGCCAGCACGCUGAUGGUGAAAUAGAUUAUACAGUUUCUGGUAAAAAUGAACAGCAGUCUGCAACAACUCAGAACUCAACUUUUGAAAACUCUAGUGAAUCCUUAGUAACAACACAUAGGUCACAUUCAUCUGAAGCAACCCAAGUAAAUAACAGUAUUCCACGUAAUUUUCCGAUUAAUAAAUUUAUCGAAAAUGCUAGGACUGACUCAGCUGUAAAACAAAAGGGAAAUUCUGAGAAAAAUGUUAGUUCUAAUUCAAGCCAUGAAUAUUUAUUAGGUGCACCAUACAGAGAUAUUCAGAAAAGUGAACUUGUGUCAAAAAAUGGAACUGAAAGUACAAAGCAGAAAGAUUGUGAGAUGAAGGCAAAAGUUGAUAAUGAAACAUCUCUGUCAGAUAGCUGUGGAUCAAUAAGUUAUCCACCACAAACAAUGAAGGAAAUGAGGACACCUUUUCUUUUUCAUAUAACAAAACCAGGAACUGCACAGUGUGAAAUUUGUGGCAAAUUCUUUUCUAGCAACAGUAAAAUGUUGUACCAUAGAGAUAUAUGUUCAAAGAAUUUAAGCUGUAAGUUAUGCAAUAAGCAUUUUCUAAAUAUGAAUGAUCUACAUAAACAUAAUAGUGAAAAACAUCAAACACAUAAAAUGCAUCAUAAUUGUAUGCACUGUUCAGCAUCAUUUUUGACAAAGGAACAUUGUCUGACACAUGAAGAAAAUUGUGUAUUUGUGCCCUAUUGUGAUGAAUGUGGAGAAAAAUUUUCUGAAGUUGAUCAGCUGCGGUCUCACAAGGAUACAACUCAUAGAGAUCCUCACUGUCGCUAUUGCGGUAAGGAAAUACUUAAAUUAAAAACAUUACGAUUUCAUGAAUUGAGGCAUAUGAAAGAUACUACAGAAAAGUUUGAAUGCAGUGAAUGUGAAAAAGUAUUUAAAACAAAAACUGGCCUGCGAAAUCAUUUUGCGCUACAUACUGGCCAAUACAAAUUUUGCUGUGAUUAUUGUGGCAGAGGUUUCAUGUCAAGAAUGAUGAUGGAAGAACACAGAAGUAAGCAUACAAAGGAGGAACGUUACAUAUGUGAUGUCUGUGGUCGUAAGUUUUGUUUCCAGAGUACAUAUUGGAUUCAUCGAAAAUGGCAUGACAACCCAUUCCCAUACAAAUGUAAUUUUUGUGGUCGUAAAUUUCGACACUCUUCAUUGUUAGCAGUGCACAAACGUAAACAUACUGGAGAGCGACCCUACAAAUGCCCUCACUGUCCUCUUACUUUUCCUGUUGGAGGCACAUUGAAACGCCAUAUCAUUCUGCACACAAGAGUUUACCCAUAUAAUUGUGAAAUCUGUAAGCGUGGUUUUACAACUCGUCACAAAUGUGCUAUUCAUCUUUCUAAAAUUCAUGGUGACAGUAAAAUGCUAAAUGAAAAAUCACGACCAAAUGAGUUUAAAAUGGUCAUUAGAGAUAAUGAAACAGUGAAGAAGCAAGAUAAUGUGGAGCCAUCAGCUGAAUGGCAGAACCCUGACGAUUCUGAGCAAGUUGAUAUGAACUUUAGAUUAGGAAGUUCAGCAGGCGGUGUGGAUAAUUUUGACCACUUGGAGGGGGCAAUGUCAUGCUCCUUGGUUCCAGAUGAACUUUUAGUUGGAAAUGCUUUUGCAACCAGAGUCGUUGAGAUAGUUCGUGAUGACACUUCUCAAGCUGUUGCUGCAGUGACUGUUGCAGAUCCUGAAGCAAAUAAUCUUCCUGAUCUGUGGUAUCAGUAACAAAAUUAGCAGCAUAAUCAGCGGAGAGAAACAGCUGCAAGAAAAUAUUUUGUAUAUUUAUUUUUGUAAGAUGCUGUGUAUAAAUCAAAGUAAGGUACCUGCUAUUUAUGUUAAAAGAACACUAUAACAUGUGAA